AUAUAAAAUCCCGCCUCUAACUUAUUAAAGUUUCUUAUGCGGGUGUGCAACAGCAUCCCAAGAGCCCCCCUGAGCCAUUAUAAAGAGUGAAAUCAGCCCGAAAGGAGGAUCAGUCUUGUGUGUAUAGGUCCGGUUCUGCGUGUUGAUGUUAUUAUAGUUUUGUUUUUUAAUCACAAUGGCCGACGGAUUGGAUAAUGACAAAGUCAAUCUGCUGAAGAGGGCGUUUUCCAUGUUCGAUUCCGGCAAAAAGGGCAGCAUUGAGAAAGAGAAGGUUCGCACUAUUUUGACUACAUUAGGGCAGACGUACGACGACAAACAGUUAGACACACUUUUGGAUGGAGAGGAUCCAGAAGGGACGGGCUAUUUAAAUUUCGAGUCGUUCUGUAAAGUAGCUGUUAAUUUCCUAGAAAAUGAAGACGACGAAGUCCUGCAGAAGGAGCUCAAAGAAGCAUUCAGGCUAUAUGAUAAACAAGGAAAUGGAUACAUCCCCACUUCCAGCCUGAGGGAAAUUUUAGUAGCCCUUGAUGAUCAGCUCACUAAUGAUCAGUUAAACGAAAUGAUUGCAGAAAUAGACACCGAUUCUUCAGGCACAGUCGACUUUGAUGAAUUUAUAGAAAUGAUGACCGGUGACUGAACUUGUCCCCUCCAGCCCCUUUUUUUAUCAAUAAUAUUCUUAUUUGUUAUAAUAACAAUGGUUCCUAAUAAAUUGUACAUAUUGUAA